ACCAGGUGAAAGGACUAAUAGUCAAUCACUCACUCCGUGAGCGCGUGUGUUCCACUCCCCGUAAACACAACCUUUCCGAGACCACUUUCGACUUUCCAUCUAGGGUUUGAUUGUCUUGCCCGAUUUCAAAACCCUAAUUUCGAAGCCCUAAUCCUAGACUCUCGAUCCCUAAGCUCCUCCCACGACACUGGGUUUUGGUUUCAAUGUUCAAUUAGCGUUUUCCAGCAUCUCUUCUGUUAUCAAAACCCUAGUUUUUGUUUUGGGAGGCUUUCGAGCAAAGUCAAAGUUCGAGUUUUUCAUGGUUGAUCCUGGCAAAAGACCAGCCACUGCCAUUAACGUUAGCAACUCUUUGAAGCUCUGCAACUUUUUUCGCGGUUGAAAGCGGCGGUGGCGGCUUCCGACGACUCGUCGAGCCAGAGUUGCCCUCUAUCGGAUCCCUCCGAGAGGGCCAAUGGGUACGGACCUUCACCUUCUGGCUAUACAAAGUUUGAGAACAGAGUUAGGUUUAGCUUGAAUUCGUACUCGAAGAUUGAUAUAAGAAAGCUGAGACAAAGGCUCAUCAGCGAGCUUGAUCAAGUUAGGUGCUUGGCGAAGAGGAUUGUGGUGGCUAAUCAGCAAAGUGGUGGUGGUGGUACUCAUUCUCAGUUUUCUGCUAAUUAUUAUGUAACAAAAAAGGGUGAGAGCACAAUGAGGGUGAAUUCUGAGGUGGGUUCGGUUGGUCAUCGAGAUUCGAGGUCGGUUCGAGGAGCAGAGAACAGCCAUGGUGUUGGUGAUUUUGGGGAGAAGAAGAAGACCCAUAAGGGAAAUCAACAUGGGCAAGGUGGUGGUGGUGGUAGUAGUAGCAGUAACAAGAAACUGAAAUCAUCAUCCAAAGGAGGGAAAAGAGAUGAUCAUGAAGUGAGAUUUGGGCAGAGUAAAGAUAAGUAUUCUAGUCAUUUGUUUAAGAGUUGUGGUAAUUUGCUUGAGAAGUUGAUGAAGCAUAAGUUUGGGUGGGUUUUUAAUGUCCCUGUAGAUGUUAAGGGGUUAGGACUACUUGAUUACAAUUCAAUUAUUAAGCAUCCAAUGGAUUUGGGCACUGUGAAGACUAGAUUAAACAAAACAUUGUAUAAGUCGCCACUGGAGUUUGCUGAAGAUGUUAGACUUACUUUUAAUAAUGCCAUGUUGUAUAACCCCAAAGGACAGGAUGUUCACUCCAUGGCUGAGCAGUUGUUGAAGAUAUUUGAAGAUAAAUGGGCAGGUAUAGAGAAAGAGUUUAAUCGUAACAGAGAAGAUGAAAUUGAUGAUGCUGAUGAAGAAGAAGAUGAUGAUGAUGAUGGUGAUGGUGAUGGUGAUAUGGAUUUGCCAAGGCCCUGGGGUCCAACACGGACGCGUCCAGCUCCUUCUAUUCAUUCAGCCCCAGCAAUGAGAAGUUUAGAUAGAGCAGAAUCUGUAACAAAGCCUGUGGAUCCCAAUUUGGUAACCACCCCAGUUUUGAAGAAACCUAAAGCUAUGGAUGCCCAUAAAAGAGAUAUGACUUAUGAAGAGAAGCAGAUGCUUAGUACAAGCCUUCAGAAUCUGCCUUCAGAGAAGCUAGACAAUGUUGUUCAGAUUAUUAAGAAGAGAACUCCUGGGCUUUCUCAACAAGAGGAUGAAAUUGAGGUGGACAUUGCCAGUCUUGAGGCAGAAACGCUUUGGGAGUUGGAUAGGUUUGUGACCAGUUACAAGAAGAGUUUGAUGAGCACCAAUAAGAGAAAAGCUGAAGUUGUUUUUCAGUCUAGACCUAAUGAUACUGGCCAUGGUGUGGGGAAAAGAAAUAUAGCUCCAUCUGCUGUAGAGAUACGUAAAGGAUUCAUAACAGAUUCUGACAAUGAUGGUAAUUCUGCCAAUGGAUCACACUAGAGAGGAAUUUAUUGACCAAAGAGUUAAUGCUUUUGUUGUAUCAAAGCAGUUUAGGUAGGAUGAAGCAAUAGCAUAUUUACAUAUUUUGCUAUGAUUUUAAGAAUGUCAUUGGUCCUUUAGCUGGUUAAAUGGCUCCCCUCUGUUUAUUUUGUCAUUUUGAGCCAGCUCUUUUUUGUACUUGAAAUUGUUCAUUACAUGUGAUCUCUCUCGCACUCACACUUGCUGGUUUUUGUAAAGAGAUAGAUGUCUCGUAAUGGUUUUAUGUACAUCUGUUGCCAUUGACAAGUUAUGAAACCCAAAAGAAGUAGUUAAGGAGGUAAUGGAGUUUUUAACACUUGAA